UCAAAAAAUAACCACAGAAUUUAUUAAACAUUCAAUAUUACAGAAACAUUUUAAUGUGACAUUGAUAUGUAGUCUUCAAAACGUUUUAAAAACUAUGGUAAUACUAAAAGUGAAACUCUGAAUUAUAAGGGAAGUUAAUCACAAAACACAAAGCAUUUCACUUUUAUGUUAAAUAUUUAAAAUUUUAUGUUUUAAAAAUGUUUAUUAUUUAUACAGUAUAUUAAUCAUUGAGAUCCCCACACCCCCCACAGCUAAGGUCAUUCUAGGUCAGAAUAAAUGGAUAAUGCUUUCACUACUAGUAGGUAUUAUUCCCAUUGCACACAUAUUGAAAAUCAAGGCUUGAACAGUUUGUGCCCUAGCUUAUUGCUGGCAACAGAGUACGUCUGGAGUACAGAGCACAUCCAAAUGCAUUUUCAUCAAUAUCUGGCUCUGAUACAGCCAGUCUGAGCCACUAAUAUCUAGCUCUGGCACUUAGAAUAAUGGCCCAAGACACUGCUUAGGAACUUAAGGUAAACAACUUGUCACCUAAUUCUCUCAGCCCAGCAAUCAAAGCACAUUUUUGUUAGGGAAUGCUCUGACUUCCCUAUCAGUCGUGAUAUUUUGGAGUAAUUCUAUACUUUUCAUAAUGAAACACAAACACGCUUUUGGUAUUGGCCCCUCAAAAUAUUAAGAAACUGGUGGUACCAACGUAUCAUUUUUUACAUUGUUGUGUUUUAACAUUUUUUUCUGCUUUUGAGAAAAAUACAUGCUCAUCAUUAAAAUAUUUUGAAUAUAUAAAAGGCACAAAGAACAAAAACACUGGCCAAAAUCUUGUCACUCAAGAGAUAAGCAUGUCAUAUUAUUCUCAUGUUUUUCCUUUCAGACUUUUAAAAUUGUGUGCAUUUGUAAUUUUACAAGGUUUGUAACUUCCGUCUGAAAACUUAUGUAUUCAGGUGUCUGUGUAAAUAUUAAUCUAUAUUAUGCACCUUAAAUAGCUGUAGAGUUUUUCACAUCUUGUGUACUAUGAUGUAAUUGACCAAUAUUAAUUAUUAUGAUCAGUUACACUUAUUUAGUGCUUACUCUAUGCUAGGCAGUUUAACAAGCGUUUUGCUUGUACUAAUUCAUUUGAUAUUGGCAACCCUAUUAUUCCUGUUUCUUAACAGAUGAGGAAACUGAGACACCAAGAGGUGAAGCAAUUUGUCCAACUACUUAAUGUUGGACGUUUUAGUGGUUAGCAACGUUUUGAUCCUACAGUCAACGUUGCCAUAUAUACAUUUGUUCAUCUUUUAAAAGAAUGUCCUUAGGAUUAAUUUACCGAAAUGGAAUUGCUAGGUCCUAAGCUUUUAAAAAUCUGUUACAUGCUUCCAAAUAUUUCCCUUAGGAAGAUUAUACAGUAUUAAUUUACACUUAAUCUAACAGUAUGUGAGUGUCCAAUUCCCCAGAUCCCUGAUUCUUUGUAAUUUUUUAUCUCAAUGACAAAAAACAUUAUUUAACUGCUACCUUAAUUUGCAUAUUUCACCUGUAGAAGUGGGACUUCAUUUUUAAUGACUUUUGUAAGCACUCUUUCUAUACUAUUUAUUAAUCCUGUGUUGACAUGUCAAUAUUUGUUUCCAUGCUACAUUUGGAGGUGCCAUAAUUUGGGGAUAAUUUCCAUAAUUUCAAUUUACAUGCAAGAUGAGCUUACUACGUUUGUUCCAAGUGGGACGCAAAAUCUCUAGUAGAUGCUUCUAAAAACUUCUCCAUGACACAGAGAAUAAUUUUUAUUGGUUAACUAAACUUACAAGUAAAAUAAUUAAUUCAGAAUUCUGGGUUGCUAGGAGUCACCCACUGAUUGCUACGAGUCAGUCACAAACAAACUGGAAUCAACUCCUAAUUCCAGUUUGUUUUCUUUUUUUGCUCAGUCUAGGGAGGUUAUCUUGGGCUGUGAAAGACAUGUCACUAAUCAUCACAGCUGCUUAGUGACUGCACGGUUAGUCAGUAGGUGCCAACGCCCUGUUAGCUGAGCCGUUUGCAGAUUCCGAAGCCGGGCGUUCAGGGACUCCCGGGAAGGAACCAGCGUUACCUCAGCCUCCCAGAGGGAGCCGCGCGCCCUGACACUCCCAUCUCUGGGGAUGCAGGCCAAUCCGUUCAGCUCCAAUGACUUCAUCCGAGCAAGUUUCUUGUCACCUCACACAGCGAAUUAAACUGUUUACCUAGAAGAUGAUCCAAAGGAAUUUCCAUUUCCUUCAAGAGGGACUACAAGGUUAGGAUAACCGAGAGAGCGAGAGGAAAAAAGGGGCACGGCUCGACCCAAACUCAAGCGGCUUGCUGUCUGCUGGGUCUCCCAGUCACUCCUGGGGUUGUUAGUAGGCUUCAGCACGCCUGAAGGACCCCGUCUCCCGGGGACUACUAGCCAAGGGAAAAGCAAAAAAACACAAUAACUAAUUCCGCUCUUUUGUGUGACUAAUCAAAAGAGAAUUCAGGCAGAGGGGGACUCCUUGUUUAUCCUUUAUCGACGAGGCAGGCUCCGGGCAGCUUUGGAACAGGCAGCGCCGAGGUCGCCCAGAUUCCCGACACGCCCCGCGCGAAGGCUUUCUCGGCUCCUUAGCUGUUGCUGCUGCCGCCGCCGCCGCCGUCGCUCCCGCCGCGAUUGCUGCGUGUGGGUGAGAGGAGUAGCUGUCGCAGACCGUGUAGAGUCAAGUCUCUGUUUCUCUUUUCGCCUGAGGAGUCUUUCUUCCUCGGUCGAGCCCUGACUCCGGUGCUGUCGAGGGGGAGUCCCCACGGACACCUCGGCACGCAGUGGAGAUGCCUCUCUUUGCCACCAAUCCCUUCGAUCAGGAUGUUGAGAAAGCAACCAGUGAGAUGAAUACUGCUGAGGACUGGGGCCUCAUUUUGGAUAUCUGUGAUAAAGUUGGUCAGUCUCGCACUGGACCUAAGGAUUGUCUUCGGUCUAUUAUGAGGAGAGUGAACCACAAAGAUCCUCACGUUGCUAUGCAAGCUUUGACUCUUCUAGGAGCAUGUGUGUCCAACUGCGGCAAAAUUUUUCAUUUAGAAGUAUGUUCAAGAGAUUUUGCUAGUGAAGUAAGCAACGUAUUAAAUAAGGGUCAUCCUAAAGUAUGUGAAAAAUUAAAGGCUCUUAUGGUUGAAUGGACAGAUGAAUUUAAGAAUGACCCACAGCUUAGUCUAAUAUCAGCAAUGAUUAAGAACCUUAAGGAACAAGGAGUUACAUUCCCAGCUAUUGGCUCUCAGGCUGCAGAGCAAGCAAAAGCAAGCCCAGCUCUUGUAGCCAAGGAUCCUGGUACUGUGGCUAACAAAAAAGAAGAAGAAGAUUUAGCAAAAGCCAUUGAGUUGUCCCUCAAGGAACAAAGGCAGCAGUCAACCACCCUUUCCACUUUGUAUCCAAGCACAUCCAACCUCUUAACUAACCACCAACAUGAAGGCCGAAAAGUUCGUGCUAUAUAUGACUUUGAAGCUGCUGAAGAUAAUGAACUUACUUUUAAAGCUGGAGAAAUUAUUACAGUUCUUGAUGACAGUGAUCCUAACUGGUGGAAAGGUGAAACCCAUCAAGGCAUAGGGUUAUUUCCUUCUAAUUUUGUGACUGCAGAUCUCACUGCUGAACCAGAAAUGAUUAAAACAGAGAAGAAGACGGUACAAUUUAGUGAUGAUGUUCAGGUAGAAACAAUAGAACCAGAGCCGGAACCAGCCUUUAUUGAUGAGGAUAAAAUGGACCAGUUGCUACAAAUGUUGCAAAGUACAGAUCCCAGUGAUGAUCAGCCAGACCUACCAGAGCUACUUCAUCUUGAAGCAAUGUGUCACCAGAUGGGACCUCUCAUUGAUGAAAAGCUGGAAGAUAUCGAUAGAAAACAUUCAGAACUCUCAGAACUUAAUGUGAAAGUGAUGGAGGCACUUUCCCUAUAUACCAAGUUAAUGAACGAAGAUCCCAUGUAUUCCAUGUAUGCAAAGUUACAGAAUCAGCCAUAUUAUAUGCAGUCAUCUGGUGUUUCUGGUUCUCAGGUAUAUGCAGGGCCUCCUCCAAGUGGUGCCUACCUGGUCGCGGGGAACGCGCAGAUGAGCCACCUCCAGAGCUACAGUCUUCCCCCGGAGCAGCUGUCUUCUCUCAGCCAGGCAGUGGGCCCGCCAUCCGCAAACCCAGCCCUUCCUAGUCAGCCAACUCAGGCUGCUUACCCAAAUACAAUGGUGAGUUCUGUUCAAGGAAGCACGUAUCCCAGUCAGGCUCCAGUCUAUAGUCCUCCUCCUGCCGCUACUGCUGCUGCUGCAACCGCCGAUGUCACUCUGUACCAGAAUGCAGGACCUAAUGUGUCCCAGGUGCCAAACUAUAACUUAUCAUCCACCCUGCCUCAGCCUGGAGGCAGCCAACAGCCACCUCAGCCACAGCAACCAUAUUCUCAGAAGGCUCUGCUAUAGGACACAGUGUUCCUCUUGGUGGCAGUCACCUGCUAAAUGCCACUGACAGUGUUAUGAGAUUCGUUACUGUCUUAAGAUGUGUGUAUCCUCAGCUUAUAGGAAUCUCUCUUGGUCAACAAGUUCAAAUAUUCAAGAAGGUAGAACUCUCUUCAAUUGACACUGACUUUUUAGAGGUUCUCCCCUCCCGCUCCCCCAGAGGAAUGAAACUACUUCCAACAUUUAAUUCCUUUCAUAAUAUGAAAACAUCGAUACAAAGUUAUUUGUCUCGUAAACCUGGUCCGCAGAAAGUCAAACUUACAAAAACUGCUGUGGCAAAUGUUAUGUACAUAUAUUGAUAUGUAACUGCAUUAGUGGCCAUGUUGAAUCACAGUGGUGAUCAUGUGAAUAUAUUUAACAUUGUGUUAAAUUAAUUUACAUUGCUAUUUUAUUUUAAUCAUAAACAACUACCAUGUGUCUUAAUGUUCUGUGUAAAUUUAAGGUAAUCACACUAUCCUUUUAAACUGCAAGAAAACAAAGUUGUAGCGUAUUUUCAUGAAGGCAUUAUGUUGUUGUGUAUUUCAGUUUCACAUUAAACUGAACCUUUUACUAAUUGUAAGCUAAACAUUUUAUAUAUAUAUAUGUACACACACGUCUCUCUGUAGCCUCUGCAUACUACUCUGUCAUCACACCAGCGUACAGUAGCUAAAUUUUUGGUGCAAUUAUAGUAAAUGAUAAUGUUCCCUUUUGAACUUUUACAUUUUGGCAUGACAUUUCAGAAUAUUGUGGGACCAUGAGACAAAAUUAAGUAGGACACAUUCUUUAUUUCUUAUUUUUCAAGAAAUGAUGUUGGUUUACCUUUUCCUAGUUGAAGAUAGUAAUUAGAUUUGUAAGCUGUAUACUGUGUUUAUUGGUGGCAAUAACACCAAAGAUAGAGGCAAUGGAUAGAAAUUUUUAAACUGGAAAGAAAACCUGAAUUACACUACAUUUUCAGAGUCUCUUGUAAUUAUUUGGGAUAUCAACAAAAUUUGAUUUAUCUGUCUUGUCCCAUUGCUAGUCUUCUAAAUAUGUCUUUAACACAUUGUAUCCUUUAAUUCUUCAUUAAAAUGGAAAUAAGUAGAUUUUUCAAAGUAA